AUCAUGACAAUUCCUCUCGCCACCGCUGUCGCCGACAUCGAGCUCCCCCGUCCCAAGGACGUUGGUGUCCUCGGAAUCGAGGUCUACUUCCCUCGUCGUUGCGUCUCUGAGGCAGACCUCGAGGUUUUCGACGGCGUCUCCACCGGCAAGUACACGAUUGGUCUCGGCCAGGAAUACAUGGCCUGGCCUGACGACCGAGAGGAUAUCAACUCGUUCGCGCUGAACGCUGUCUCUGGUCUUCUCGAAAAGUACAACAUCGACCCCAAGUCGAUUGGUCGAAUUGAUGUUGGAACUGAGACCAUCAUUGACAAAUCCAAGUCUGUCAAGACUACCCUUAUGGACCUCUUCGCUGAGGCCGGCAACUACGACAUUGAGGGUAUCGACUCCAAGAACGCCUGCUACGGUGGAACUGCCGCCCUGUUCAACGCCAUUAACUGGAUCGAAUCCAGCUCGUGGGACGGCCGCAACGCUAUCGUUGUCUCAGGUGACAUUGCUGUCUAUGCUGAGGGUGCUGCCCGACCAGCUGGCGGUGCCGGUGCCUGCGCCAUCCUCAUUGGACCCAACGCCCCCGUUGUUUUCGAACCCGUCCACGGGACCUAUAUGGCCAACACCUACGACUUCUACAAGCCCAACCUCUCCUCUGAGUACCCCGAGGUUGAUGGCCCUGUCUCCGUUGUAACCUACGUCGCCGCCCUCGAUGCCGCCUACACAACCUUCAAGGAGAAGUUUGCAAAGGCUGCCAAGAGGGCCCAAGUCGCUGGCAAGGAGGUCUCCAGCGCCACCUUCUCCCUCGAGGACCUCGACUACGCCAUCUUCCACAGCCCUUACGGCAAGCAAGCCGUCAAGGGCCACGCUCGCAUGCUCUACAACGACUUCAUCACCAACCCCAAGGACCCCCGCUUCGCUAACGUCCCCAACCCCGAAUCCUUCAUCUCCCAGUCCCACGCGCAGUCAUUAACGGACAAGAACGUCGAGAAGACCUUUGUCGCUCUCUCCAAGGCCUCCUUCGCAAAGAAGACCGACCCCGGCAUGGCCUGCUCAAAGCGUCUUGGCAACAUGUACACCGCUUCUCUCUACGGAUGCCUUGCUUCCCUGCUUGGUACCGUUGAGCCCUCCGAAUUGGGGGGCAAGCGAGUUAGCUUGUUCUCCUUCGGUAGCGGUUGCGCUGCUACAUUCUUCACCGCUCGUAUCAAGGGUGACACCUCCGAGAUCAAGGAGAAGCUCAAGUUGAAGGAGCGACUUGCUGCCAUGACUGUUGCACCUCCCGAGGAGUUCGUUGCUGCUUUGGCUCUCCGUGAGAAGAACCACAACGCAGUCGACUUCACCCCUGAAGGCUCCGUCGACAACAUCUGGCCUGGUGCAUACUACCUCGAGCACGUUGACUCCAAGUUCAGGAGGAAAUACGUCCGGGCACCUGUCGCCUAAGUUGCCAUUCACCUCCCUCUCAUCUGCAUUAAUAUCAUCAUCUAGCAGCCCCAUUAAUUCAUCCAUUCAUACCAUAUCCCAUACCUUCGCUUUCCCCUGGCGGUCGCUUUUUAUUUAGUAGGCAAAAACACUGACGUGGAGGAUUUCAAUCUUUCUGCACCGCGCUUUGUAGAUGUUCACAGACAUAGACUAUACUCAUCCCGUUGUAUUUCGAUACCCCUUCAAGGGUUGUAAUUAUAAAAAAAAUGUAAUUUCCCC